AUGCGUUCUUCUGAUUUGGAAUUCCAGUUUUCCCUUCUUAUCUUGAAAAUUGGCUCCACAAAAGCGAUCAAUGCGCCACAUGGGUGGCCAGAUGCAACAGAGCAAUGCGGCGGCAGCCACUUCUCUUCUGCUGGUUUGCAGCAUCUAGCCUCUCCAAUGUCAUCCAAUGCAGUUGAUCAUCGCCUACUCCUGAUGCAGGGUUAUGGACCACAGUCUGCAGAGGAGAAACAAAGACUUUUCAAAUUAAUGAGGAAUCUCAACUUUAAUGUUGAAACUGGUUCUGAGCCUUAUACUCCAACUGCCCAAGGUUCAGCUGCAUUUUCUGCAUCAGAGGGCUUUUAUUCUCCUGACUUUAGGGGGGAUUUCGGAGCUGGGCUUUUGGAUCUUCAUUCUAUGGAUGACACAGAGCUUUUAUCUGAUCAUGUCAUCUCAGAACCAUUUGAGCCGUCACCUUUCAUGCCUGCGGUGACCAACUCAUUUGAAAGUGACUUUAACGUGACAGCCAGUGGGCUGCAGAAGGAGCAAACAGAUGCAGAUGCUCCCACUGGGUUACCUGCAAAUGAAAAAGAGAGAGAAAAUAAUGUUGCCAAAAUUAAAGUUGUUGUGCGCAAAAGGCCUUUGAAUAAAAAGGAAAUUUCUCGUAAAGAGGAUGACAUCGUGACUGUUUAUGAUGAUGCCUAUUUGACUGUCCACGAAACCAAAUUAAAGGUGGACCUAACUGCCUAUGUGGAGAAACACGAGUUCUGUUUUGAUGCUGUUCUAGAUGAGCACGUGACAAAUGAUGAGGUGUACCGUGCUACCGUUGAGCCAAUUAUCCCCACCAUUUUUCAACGCACCAAAGCAACUUGUUUCGCAUAUGGUCAGACAGGGAGUGGCAAGACAUACACUAUGCAACCAUUACCUCUUAGAGCUGCGGAAGACAUUGUUAGACUGUUGCAUCAGCCUAUUUAUCGUAAUCAAAGAUUCAAGCUGUGGCUUAGCUUUUUUGAGAUAUAUGGAGGAAAAUUGUUUGAUCUUCUCGGUGAAAGGAAGAAACUUUGUAUGAGAGAAGAUGGCCGUCAACAAGUUUGCAUUGUUGGACUGCAAGAGUUUGAAGUCUCGGAUGUGCCGAUUGUGAAAGAAUACAUUGAGAGAGGAAAUGCAGCAAGAAGUACAGGUUCUACCGGUGCUAAUGAGGAGUCAUCAAGAUCGCAUGCGAUAUUGCAACUGGCUGUGAAGAAGCACAGUGAGGUGAAAGAAUCUAAGCGAAAUAAUGACGGAAAUGAUUACAAGAGUGGGAGGGUUGUUGGAAAGAUUUCUUUCAUUGAUCUUGCUGGUAGUGAGAGAGGUGCUGACACAACGGAUAAUGACCGACAGACACGGAUUGAAGGAGCAGAAAUCAACAAGAGUCUUUUGGCUCUCAAGGAGUGUAUUCGUGCUCUUGACAAUGACCAGAUUCAUAUUCCAUUCCGUGGGAGCAAACUCACUGAGGUGCUUCGUGACUCCUUUGUUGGCAACUCAAGGACUGUUAUGAUCUCUUGCAUUUCUCCAAAUGCUGGUUCAUGUGAGCAUACUCUGAAUACUCUGAGAUAUGCUGACAGGGUUAAAAGUCUUUCGAAAAGUGGAAACCUGAAGAAGGAUCAGACUAGUUCAGUGCCACCUAGCAUUAAAGAAUCUUCAACAGCACCAUCAUUGCCUGUUUCUGCUGAUACAGAGGAUGUUCAGGAGCAACUCCAAGAAUCUAAAGCAGUGGAUACAAGUAGAAGGGCUGUAGAGAAGGAAAAUCCGUCUUCUGCUAUAUCUACUGAUGAUGACAAACAACACUCUAGUGUUUCUUCAACUUUUACCUAUAAUGACCGCAAGGAAAAUGGGAUUACUGAUGGUGGUUUGGACAGGGAAGGGCCUGAUGUGAAAAAUACUUUCAGGGGUUCCACUAGUCAAAAAUUGUACCCAUCAGCAUACUCACAAACUUCAGCUGAUAUAGAGGGGAAGGUGCAGAAAACUUCUCCACCUCUGCGAAAAGCUUACAGGAAUGAAAGGGCUGAAAAGCCAGGAAAUGAGCCAAAAAAAGAUGGUGACAAUUCUGAUACUUCAAACACUAGUUAUAAGCAGCACAAUACGCCCAAAAAGUAUGAACAAUCACCUCAUGAUGGGAGUAUCAAUGAGAUACUCGAGGAAGAAGAAGCCCUGAUUUCAGCCCAUAGAAAAGAAAUAGAAGAUACAAUGGAGAUUGUUCGUGAAGAAAUGAAACUAUUAGCAGAAGUGGACCAACCAGGCAGCCAUAUUGACAAUUACGUAACUCAGUUGAGUUUUGUGCUCUCGCGAAAAGCAGCAAGUCUGGUCAGUCUUCAGGCUCGUCUUGCAAGGUUCCAGCAUCGGCUUAAAGAACAAGAAAUACUGAGUCGAAAGAGGUUACCCCGUUAA